AAUGCCUUUCCCAUGCACUUCCACUCACUCAAUAUCAAUAACCUUAUUCAUUCCUCUCAUGCUCAUGCCACUUUUUUCCCUUAGGUCCCUCCCUAGCUCCCACACUUUCUUUCUUCUCUCUUUCUCUGACAAAUCCACUACCUAUAGCUAGCUUAGUAGUUAUUAGUUGGUACUUCUUGCACAGACACAAUAUCCUUCUAUCUCAUUCGGUUACCUUGAACAAAUCGAAAACAACAGCAAAUAUUUCUGACACACCCUUUUAAUUAACAACAAUGUCUACAAGAAGAUCUCGUUCCAGACAACAAUCCGGUGUUCCCACUGAGAUCACUGAUGCUCAGAUUACUGAUCUCGUUUCCAAGUUGCAACAACUCAUCCCUGAACUACGGGCAAGGCGUUCCGACAAGGUUUCAGCUUCCAAGGUCUUGCAAGAGACUUGCAACUACAUCAAAAACUUGCACAGAGAGGUUGAUGAUCUAAGUGACCGGUUGUCACAACUUUUGGCAACCACAGACUCCAACAGUGCCCAAGCAGCCAUUAUUAGGAGCUUACUUAUGUAAUAAUAUUAAUUAUAAUAAUUAAUUAUAGAGCUUUAAUUUCAUGUGUCGUGUGCAUGUUAAUUUAGCAUGUUGUGUCAUAUAUAUAUCCUCUAUUCUGAGUAGGGUUUGAUUUGUAUGACCAAAGCAGAAGGCCACCUCCAUUUACUUAGUUUAAUCAGACACUUUGUAGUUUGUAUUACUAUAAAUAAAAUGAACUUGCAUCUUGAUGAGUUUCAUUUAGUCUGAAUGGUUGUACAUAUUAUAAUGUGUGUUUAUACAUGAA